AACUGACAUUCCCUCGGAUGGGGGUGGGCCCUUCCCGGCGGCCCGGCCGGGCGCUGUGGCGGAUAAGGGCAGUCUCCUUCCUUUGCCUUACGGGGCGUCGAGGCCGGGGGGAGGGGGCCCUACUGUGCCUGCGUCUGAGGCGGGUCUGGCAGUACAGUUCUUGGCGCGGUGCGGCUAGGAGGAGGGCAGAAGGGAGAGGGAAGGGGCGGUACCGGGAGAGGAUAGCCGGAAAGGGGGAGGUGCCGGCGGACAAUGGAGCCUAUGUGUGUCUGCGGGAGUGGGACGGAGCCGCCGCCGCCGUCGCCGCCGCCACCGGGGGGAGACGCUGCGCUGCUGCUGCAGCGGCUGGCCCUGGCCCCGGCCCCGGCCCCCUGGGGCUGAGAGCCGCCUGGGACCGAAGCCCCUCCCCUACUCCGAGACUCUCCCCUCCCCCACUCCUGCCUUGGGGGACUAAAUGUGGGACUAACUGGUGUUACUCCACUUUGACCUAAAACUUCCCAUCUGUGUGGGAGGUGGAGAUCAUUCCUGGAAAAGUUCCUUUGUCCCAAUGUAGAAGAGAUAGCAAAUUGGACCUCUCGAAAGAGGAGGGUCAUCUUUGAGCCAGGGGUUCCUGGACUUCUCCAACUUCUCAUCUCCAGGAUGAGCACUGCAGUAUCGUGACCCUGGGGGGUUUGUGUGCCCUGGAGAUGCGAGAUUUUCCUUUGGCAGCAGGAGGCACACACCCAGAGAAUGCUGGAGCUGCAAGGGGAAAGGACCCAUUUCCACAGCAGAGGAAAACAAAGAGGAAAAAGGCAUACAGGUGGCCAGCACUAAGGGACACACCCAGCAAGCAGUGGGCCGCUGCCACUGCCCGCAGUAUCCAUUUCUGCUGUAGCCCGAGACGAACUCGGGGAGCCUGUCCCUGUUCGUGACUGCAGGCUCAGGAUUUCAAUCAAUGCAUUCCAGUAACCCAAAAGUGAGGAACUCUCCGUCAGGAAACACACAGAGUAGCCCUAAGUCAAAGCAGGAGGUGAUGGUUCGUCCCCCUACAGUGAUGUCCCCAUCUGGAAACCCCCAGCUGGAUUCCAAAUUCUCCAAUCAGGGUAAACAGGGGGGCUCAGCCAGCCAAUCCCAGCCAUCCCCCUGUGACUCCAAGAGUGGGGGCCAUACCCCUAAAGCGCUCCCUGGCCCAGGUGGGAGCAUGGGGCUGAAGAAUGGGGCUGGAAAUGUUGCCAAGGGCAAGGGGAAAAGGGAGCGAAGUAUUUCCGCCGACUCCUUUGAUCAGAGAGAUCCUGAGACUCCAAACGAUGACUCUGACAUUAAAGAAUGUAAUUCUGCUGACCAUAUAAAGUCCCAGGAUUCACAACACACACCACACUCGAUGACCCCGUCAAAUGCUACGGCUCCCAGGUCUUCUACCCCCUCCCAUGGCCAGACUACUGUCCCAGAGCCCACACCUGCUCAGAAGACUCCAGCCAAAGUGGUGUAUGUGUUUUCUACUGAGAUGGCCAAUAAAGCUGCGGAAGCGGUAUUGAAGGGCCAGGUUGAAACAAUUGUCUCUUUCCACAUCCAGAAUAUCUCAAACAGCAAGGUAGAGAGAAGCACAGCCCCCCUGAACACACAGAUAUCUGCUCUUCGGAAUGACACGAAACCCCUCACACAGCAGCCCUCAGCUCCAGCCAGCCAGGACCAGAAUUCUUCCCAGAAUACCAGACUACAGCCAACUCCACCCAUUCCGGCACCAGCACUCAAGCCUGCUGUGCCCCCUCGGGCACUUGACCGGGAUAGUCCUGGAGUAGAAAACAAACUGAUUUCUUCUGUAGGCAGUCCUGCCAGCUCCACUCCACUGCCCCCAGAUGGUACUGGGCCCAAUUUGACGCCCAACAACCGAGCAGUGACCCCUGUCUCUCAGGGGAGCAGUAGCUCAUCAGCAGAUUCCAAAGCCCCCCCGCCUCCACCAGUGUCCAGUGGAGAGCCCCCAACACUGGGAGAGAACCCUGAUGGACUGUCUCAGGAACAGCUGGAGCACCGGGAGCGCUCCUUACAAACACUCAGAGAUAUCCAACGAAUGCUUUUCCCUGAUGAGAAAGAAUUCACAGGAGGACAAAGUGGAGGACCCCAGCAGAAUACUGGGGUAUUAGAUGGACCUCAGAAAAAAACAGAAGGCCCAAUACAGGCCAUGAUGGCUCAAUCCCAAAGCCUAGGUAAGGGACCUGGGCCCCGGACAGAUGUGGGAACUCCAUUUGGUUCUCAAGGACAUAGAGAUGUGCCCUUUUCUCCAGAUGAAAUGGUUCCAUCUUCCAUGAACUCUCAGUCUGGGCCCAUGGGACCUGACCACUUGGAUCAUAUGACCCCUGAGCAGAUAGCUUGGCUGAAAUUGCAGCAGGAGUUUUAUGAAGAGAAGAGGAGAAAGCAGGAACAAGUGGUUGUACAGCAGUGCUCCCUCCAGGACAUGAUGAUCCAUCAGCAUGGGCCUCGAGGAGUGGCCCGAGGGCCUCCCCCUCCUUACCAGAUGACCCCCAGUGAAGGCUGGGGACCUGGGGGUGCAGAGCCAUUUGCUGAUGGGAUCAACAUGCCACAUUCUCUGCCCCAAAGGGGCAUAGCUCCCCACCCCAACAUGCCAGGGAGCCAGAUGCGCCUCCCUGGCUUUGCAGGGAUGAUAAACUCUGAAAUGGAGGGGCCAAAUAUCCCCAACCCGGCAUCUAGACCAGGUCUUUCUGGAGUCAGUUGGCCAGAUGAUGUGCCAAAAAUCCCAGAUGGUCGAAACUUCCCUCCUGGUCAGGGCAUCUUCAGUGGUCCUGGCCGAGGGGAGCGCUUCCCCAAUCCCCAGGGAUUGUCUGAAGAGAUCUUUCAACAGCAACUGGCAGAGAAACAGCUGGGUCUCCCUCCAGGGAUAAGCAUAGAUGGUAUCAGGCCCAGCAUGGAAAUGAAUAGGAUGAUCCCAGGCUCCCAGCGACAUAUUGAUUCUGGGAAUAAUACCAUUUUUCCUCGAAUACCAGUUGAGGGCCCUCUGAGUCCUUCCCGGGGUGACUUUCCAAAAGGAAUGCCUCCACAGAUGGGCCCUGGUCGGGAACUUGAAUUUGGGGUGGUUCCUAGUGGGAUGAAGGGAGAGGUCAGUCUAAACAUCAACAUGGGAUCUAACUCUCAGAUGAUACCUCAGAAGAUGAGAGAGGCUGGGGCGGGCCCUGAGGAGAUGAUGAAAUUACGCCCUGGUGGCGGAGACAUGCUGCCUGCUCAGCAGAAGAUGGUACCCCUGCCAUUUGGCGAGCACCCUCAGCAAGAGUAUGGCAUGGGCCCCAGGCCGUUCCUCCCCAUGUCUCAGGGUCCAGGCAGCAACAGUGGCUUGCGGAAUCUCAGAGAAUCAGUUGGGCCUGACCAAAGGACUAACAGCCGGCUCAGUCAUAUGCCACCACUACCUCUCAACCCUUCCAGUAACCCCACUAGCCUCAAUGCAGCUGCUCCAGUUCAGCGUGGCCUGGGGCGGAAGCCUUUGGAUAUAUCUGUGGCAGGCAGCCAGGUGCAUUCCCCAGGCAUUAACCCUUUGAAAUCGCCCACAAUGCGCCAAGUUCAGUCACCAAUGUUGGGCUCACCCUCUGGGAACCUCAAGUCCCCCCAAACUCCAUCACAGCUGGCAGGCAUGCUGGCGGGCCCAGCUGCUGCUGCUUCCAUUAAGUCCCCACCUGUCCUGGGAUCUGCUGCUGCUUCACCUGUUCACCUCAAGUCUCCAUCACUUCCUGCCCCGUCACCUGGAUGGACCUCCUCUCCAAAACCUCCCCUUCAGAGUCCUGGGAUCCCUCCAAAUCAUAAAGCACCCCUAACGAUGGCCUCCCCAGCCAUGCUGGGAAGCGUAGAGUCAGGAGAAGCUCUCACUGAUAAUGGUGGUUGUGAAUGGGACCAGAGGUGGUCAGUGGAAGGAGGACCCCCACCUCCUACAGCCAGCCAGUCUGCCUCUGUGAAUAUCCCGGGAAGUCUGUCUUCUAGCACACCGUACACUAUGCCUCCAGAGCCAACCCUGUCCCAGAACCCACUGUCCAUUAUGAUGUCUCGAAUGUCUAAGUUUGCAAUGCCCAGUUCCACCCCAUUAUACCACGAUGCUAUCAAGACUGUGGCCAGCUCAGAUGACGACUCUCCUCCUGCUCGUUCUCCCAACUUGCCAUCAAUGAAUAACAUGCCAGGAAUGGGCAUUAAUACACAGAAUCCUCGAAUUUCAGGUCCAAACCCCGUGGUCCCGAUGCCAACCCUGAGCCCAAUGGGAAUGACCCAGCCACUUUCUCACUCCAAUCAGAUGCCCUCUCCGAAUGCCAUGGGACCCAACAUACCUCCUCAUGGGGUCCCAAUGGGGCCAGGCUUGAUGUCACACAAUCCUAUCAUGGGGCAUGGGUCCCAGGAACCUCCAAUGGUACCUCAAGGACGAAUGGGCUUUCCCCAGGGCUUCCCUCCAGUACAGUCUCCUCCACAGCAGGUUCCUUUCCCUCACAAUGGCGCCAGUGGGGGGCAGGGCAACUUCCCAGGAGGUAUGGGUUUCCCAGGGGAAGGUCCCCUUGGCCGCCCCAGCAAUCUGCCCCAGAGUUCAGCAGAUGCAGCACUUUGUAAGCCUGGAGGCCCAGGGGGUCCUGACUCCUUUGCUGUCCUGGGGAAUAGCAUGCCUUCAGUGUUUACAGACCCAGAUCUGCAGGAGGUCAUUCGACCUGGAGCCACCGGAAUCCCUGAAUUUGAUCUGUCUCGCAUUAUUCCAUCUGAGAAGCCUAGCCAGACACUGCAAUAUUUCCCUCGAGGUGAAGUCCCAGGCCGUAAACAGCCCCAGGGCCCUGGUCCUGGGUUUUCGCACAUGCAGGGGAUGAUGGGCGAACAAGCUCCCAGAAUGGGACUAGCAUUACCUGGCAUGGGAGGUCCAGGGCCUGUGGGAACUCCGGACAUCCCUCUUGGCACAGCUCCAUCCAUGUCAGGACACAACCCAAUGAGACCACCCGCCUUUCUCCAGCAAGGCAUGAUGGGACCUCACCAUCGGAUGAUGUCACCAGCACAAUCUACAAUGCCCGGCCAGCCCACCCUGAUGAGCAAUCCAGCUGCUGCCGUGGGCAUGAUUCCUGGCAAGGAUCGGGGACCUGCUGGGCUCUACACCCACCCUGGGCCUGUGGGCUCUCCAGGCAUGAUGAUGUCCAUGCAGGGCAUGAUGGGACCCCAACAGAACAUCAUGAUCCCCCCACAGAUGAGGCCCCGGGGCAUGGCCACUGAUGUGGGCAUGGGUGGAUUUAGCCAAGGACCUGCCAAUCCAGGAAACAUGAUGUUUUAAGCUGCUAAGAUUGGAUGUGCUGAUCCUUAUCAAGAUGAGAUUUCAGGUCCUGAGGGCUGCUUUGGGGGAGUUCCAGGAGACUGUUGAUCAUGCAAUAGGAGAACAGAGACCCGAGGGCUCCUUUGGGGGAGGGGGGAACUCGAGAAUGUAUGGAUUUACCUGAAAACAAAUGAUUCAUUUAAUCAACAGGUGUGUUUUUUUUUAAGAUUUAUUUUUUAAAAAUUAUUUUUGUGGACUUGGGUAUCCCAUGAUGGCACCUACUUUUGGGAAUCUGUAGCUGUGCUUUAGAAUUGCCAUCGGUCGUGUGUUGCACCAUUCUCUGUAUGUUUACGUCCUUUGGACUGGCUUCUCCCAGGAUUCUUUUUUGGUUUGUUUUUUGCUUUGGGCUUUAUAUUUUGUGUACUGUACUAUAUUGUAAAAGGAAUUUUAGCAGAGACUUUAGUCUUUGGGACAAGAGGAGAACAGGAAUGCUGGGCUGUUUACUUUAGGUGGAGAAUCCAUCUUCAGACCUUUGGACUAUUUUCUUUCAACUCCAGUGUAUAGAAAAACCAAACUACAACCUCAGAGCAGAGUAUUAACGAAAAGCACAAAAAAAAAAGGAACUAAGUUCAGCAAGGGGUGGGGGGAGGGGGAAAUGUUUCUUUUUAAAAAUAACGUCUAGGGCAUUUUGUUUUUCAGUUCAAGUGCUCUUUAGCGCCCUCUCCAAGUCCGCAAAUCCACCAUCACAUUUUUCUCUGGUUUUCCCUCCCUUGUCCUUCCCCACCUUGGUUUUAAGCGUGUUUUCUUCUCUCGUGUCCCCAUGGGUGACCCCCACUUCCCUCCUGUCUUUUUCCCUUUGGCAGCUGCAAUACAUGGUUUUAUUUUGGGGAAAUACAACAAAAACUUGCCUUCCAUGCUGGGCAUCAUCCUGGCUUCUGGAUGGAGAGGCCUGUCUUUGGGAUGCGUGAGGAUCUUUUCCAUCUUUUCCUCCCCAAUAUACCCUACCCUGCCUACCUUGUUUUUUGUUUUCCUUUUAUUAGGAAUUCCCAGAUGAAUUUUAUGAAUGUGGGAAUGAAACAGAUGCUAAAAGCUACCCAGGAUUUUUUUUUAAUUUUGUGGUUCUUCCCCUCUCUCCUCCCAUGCGUAAAACGUUCUGUGUAACCUACAUUAAAUUUGGUACAAAACCACUCACCAGAGCUGUGGUGUCAGAAAAAUAAAAUAUAUUGUUUCUUACAAAA